GUGAAUGAAACUGUCGGCGGACAACAAAGCGACGGACACGUGACUCGUGCUGAGUUUCUCAGUGAGAAUUUCGGGGGCAGGUGAAAUGGAUUCAGAGGAAGCGGCGGCCCUAGAGGAGGAGCUGGAGAGCGUCUCGGGGGAGCUGCAGGCGGUGGAGAUUCAGCUGCAGGAGCUUCUGGAGAGGCAACAGGAACUGAUCCACAGGAAAAAUCUCCUCAACAAAAAAAUCCAGCAUCUUUCGGAGAAUGCAGAGGCGGGAAGCAGCGCAGGGGGAGGGGACUGUGCAGAGAACUGGAGAAAUGAAGAUUUCUUAUGGUCUCAGAAGAUCCGCCGCGCUCUGAGCGACUCCUUCCAACUCCAGACCUUCCGCUCCCUCCAGCUGGAAACCAUCAAUGCCACCAUGUCCGGAAGAGACGUCUUCCUCAUCAUGCCCACGGGCGGGGGCAAGAGCCUGUGCUACCAGUUACCUGCCCUGUGCUCAGACGGGUUCACGCUGGUUAUUUGCCCACUCAUUUCCCUCAUGGAGGACCAGCUGAUGGUUUUAAACCGCUUGGGAGUCUCUGCCACGUCCCUAAACGCAUCAAGCAGUAAGGAGCAUGUGAAGUGGGUGCACGGGGAGAUGAUGAACAAGAAGUCGCAGCUGAAGCUCCUCUACGUGACGCCGGAGAAAGUGGCCAAGAGCAAAGUGUUCAUGUCACGGCUAGAGAAGGCCUAUCAGGGGGGGCUGCUGGCUCGUGUGGCUGUGGAUGAGGUGCACUGCUGUAGCCAAUGGGGACACGACUUCCGCCCGGACUACAAGACCCUGGGGAUCCUGAAACGGCAGUUCCCCAAUUCUCCGCUCAUUGGUCUGACGGCAACUGCCACGAGCCACGUUCUGAAGGACGCGCAGAAGAUCCUGUGUGUGCAGAAGCCUCUCACCUUCACCGCUUCCUUCAAUAGACCCAACCUCUUCUACGAGGUGAGGCUGAAACCUUCCAGUUCCGAGGACUUUAUUGCCGAUAUAACGAAACUAAUAAACAGCCGAUACAAAGGGCAGUCGGGGAUUAUUUACUGUUUUUCUCAGAAGGAUUCGGAACAGGUGACCAUGAGUUUGCAGAAGCUGGGCAUUCGAGCGGGCGCGUACCAUGCCAAUAUGGAGCCGAGGGAUAAAAGCAAGGUGCACACCAAGUGGACGGCCAAUGAAAUCCAGAUUGUGGUGGCCACCGUGGCAUUCGGAAUGGGAAUCGAUAAACCAGACGUGAGAUUUGUCAUUCAUCACUCGAUGAGUAAAUCCAUGGAGAAUUACUACCAGGAGAGCGGGAGGGCAGGACGAGACGACAGCAGGGCCGAUUGCAUUCUGUAUUACGGCUUUGGGGAUAUAUUCCGGAUCAGCUCCAUGGUUGUGAUGGAGAAUGUGGGGCAGCAGAAGCUCUAUGAGAUGGUGAAAUACAGUCAGAAUCUUAAUCGGUGCCGGCGAGUUCUGAUUGCGCAGCAUUUCGAUGAAGUGUGGGACUCGGCCAAGUGCAACAAGAUGUGUGACAACUGCAAUAGCGAGGGGGCCUGUGAAGAAGCAGACAUCAGUCAGUACUGUCGGGAUAUAGUGAAGAUAGUGGAACAAGCCGAUCGUAUGGAUGAAAAGCUGACGCCUUUGAAGUUAAUUGACUCUUGGGUGGGGAAAGGAGCCCCCAAACUGCGAGUCCCCGGAGUCCAGCCCCCCAAGCUGCUCCGCCAUGAAAUAGAGAGAAUUAUUGCCCACCUGAUCCUGCAGCAGUUUCUCAGGGAAGACUUCAGUUUCACAGCCUACGCCACAAUCUCGUACGUAAAAAAGGGGCCCAAAGUGAAUCUGCUGAGAAAUGACAAGUACAACCUGAGCAUCUCAAUGAGGAGAGGAGGGUCCGGCCCAGACAAGGUGAAAUCUCCGCAGCAGUCCACAAGUCAACCAUCAGCCCCAGGCGUUUCCAUGGCGACGAGCAAAAACAAAGCGCCGAAAAGGCCGAAGCCACAAAAGUGUUCCGUGGCCAAAAAGAUCAAAGUGUCCCCCGACGACUCCAUUGUAAUCGACUGAGUGGAGAAUUCCCACGGGAUAUUGGGCUGAGGAGCUGACCAUUGUGGGGAAGGGGCGGAGUUUAGAAUGAUUGACCAAUGAGACUGCUGCUCUGGAGCCCCCCCCCUUCCCAUUUCGGGUACACACAGCACAAAGGUAAAAUUGUUGCACUUAUUGUGUUUAUUGUACAGAAAACGGACACAAUAAAUGUCACUGACAGA